CGCAGGUUACUCAAAACAGCUUCCUGGAGGUUGACGUGGAUGUUAACGAUGGCGGAGACUAAAGCAGAGCCGUCAACGGACACAUCAAACCUUCACAUUUCUAACAGCACCGGGAAUGUGUCCUCUCAGUCCAAUAAUCCUCUUUCCAGGAAACUCAACAAGAUCCUGGAGACCAGGCUGGAUAAUGACAAGGAGAUGCUGGAAGCGUUGAAAUCUCUUUCUGUGUUCUUUAUGGAGAACAGUCUGAGGACCAGGAGGAACUUGCGAGGUGACAUUGAGAGACGCAGCCUGUCCAUUAAUGAAGAGUUUGUGCAAAUAUUUAAGGAAGUAAAAGAGGAGCUGGAGAGUGUGCAUGAAGAUGUUCAAGCCAUGAGCUCCUGCUGUGAAGAAAUGACCAACAGAUUAAAGGCAGCUAAAGAACAAACCCAGGACUUGAUUGUGAAGACCAACAAACUCCAAGGAGAGAACCAUCGGUUGGAGGUUCGAUCUCAGGUGGCUCAAGCUUUUCUGUCAAAGUUCCAGCUGUCUGCUGCUGAGAUGGCCACGUUACGCUCUGCACGAGAUGGGCCCAUCACAGAGGACUUCUUCAGAGCUCUAAACCGUGUGAAGAACGUUCAUGAAGAUGUGAAGGUACUUCUGAGAACCAACCAGCAAACAGCAGGACUGGAGAUCAUGGAGCAGAUGGCUGUGUUACAGGAGACGGCAUAUGAGCAGUUAUAUCGCUGGGCUCAGAACGAGUGCAGAGGGCUGACUCAGGAAACAUGUGAUAUUCCUCCAGUGCUGAGUCAGGCUAUGGAAGCUCUCCAGGAGCGUCCUGUUCUUUAUAAGUACACUCUGGAUGAAUUCGGAACAGCGAGGCGCUCUGCCGUGGUUCGAGGGUUUAUCGACGCCCUGACCCGUGGCGGCCCCGGCGGCACCCCGAGACCCAUCGAGAUGCACUCACACGAUCCCAUGAGGUAUGUUGGCGACAUGUUGGCCUGGCUCCAUCAAGCCACAGCCUCAGAGAAGGAACAUCUGGAAGCUCUGCUCAAACAGGUUACCAUACAAGGGGUUGAUGAGAACAUGCAGGAAGUUGUUGGCCACAUCACUGAAGGAGUCUGCAGACCACUUAAGGUUCGUAUAGAGCAGGUCAUCGUUGCCGAGCCUGGUGCAGUUCUGCUGUAUAAACUCUCCAACCUGCUCAAGUUUUACCAUCACACCAUCAGUGGCAUCAUAGGUACCAGUGUUUCCACACUGUUAAUGACUAUGGACGAGAUGCACAUGCUCAGUAAGAAGAUGUUCUUUAACAGUCUCAGCCUUCACGCCAGUCGCCUCAUGGAUAAAGUCGAGCUCCCUCCCCCUGAUCUGGGUCCCACAGCGUCUCUCACUCAGACUCUGUCGCUCCUCAGAGAGGUUUUGGCCUCCCAUGAUUCCUCAGUGCUGCCUCUAGACACCCGUCAGGCUGACUUCGCACAGGUGUUGUCCUGUAUCCUCGACCCCCUUCUGCAGUUGUGCACGGUAUCAGCCAGUAAUCUGGGCACAGCCGACAUGGCCACAUACAUGGUGAAUUCCCUCUACAUGAUGAAGACCACACUGGCUCUCUUCGAGUUCACAGACAAACGCUUGGAAAUGCUGGAGUUUCAGAUCGAAGCUCAUUUGGACACUUUAAUCAAUGAGCAGGCGACAUACGUUCUGACCAGAGCUGCACUGAGUCACAUCUACAGCUGCGUUCAGCAACACACCAAAGAACAGGGGCCUUUGGCCAACCUCCCCGGCAUGGACAGCACAUCCUUAAAAACCUCCAUGGUCCAGUUUGACCGUUAUUUGGCCUCCCCUGAUACGCUUUUAAUGCAGCAGCUGAACUUCCUGCUCAGCGCCGCUAUCAAGGAUCAGAUCUUCAAACAGUCCACGGAGCUGGUGUGCCGUGCGUAUGGAGAGCUGUACAAAGCCGUCACCAACCCCGCAAACGGCUAUAAAGAGCCGGAGUCUUUCCUGCACAGAUCGCCGCAGCAGGUACAAACCCUGCUGUCUUGAGACGCCACACACACAAACAUUACCUACUACGUGCAGAUGCCAUGUGAUAACCAAAAGCGUACGCAUCAUCUUCGGUGCAACCCGGCCGACGUCGGAUUCUAACCACAGGACUGUGUGAUUUGGUGACGGGACUUUUGUAAACUAUGGAAGGGUAAAGUAAAGACACUCGAGUGUACAGAAACGUCUCUUGAGUGGAUGUUCUCAUGGGCUGCCCUUGCGUUACUCUGCAGACGGUGCUGUUUGCCAGAGGAGAGGAGAGAACAGCUCGCACUUGGAAAGAAAUAUUUGUUUUUCCUCCCCACGUGAACGGAGAUCCCCGCUAACAGACCCGGAGAAGCAAACUGCAGACUAUUUCAUAACCACACGCACUCAAAUAUACAUCCAGUCAUUACAUUACAUACACGGGGCUUUUUCUUACACGCACACACACGACCACGGAGAGCCUGAUGUGACUCAGCUUCAGUCUGUAUGCAAAAACACUUCAUUAAAUCGUAACUGCUUUAAAAAACAA